CGGAUCACAACAUAGAAAACUUCAGUCACCAUCAUGCAUGUGUCUAACGACCAGAAGAUUUGUAUCAUUUGAAAAAGACUUAAGGAGGAGACAAAAAAAAGACUCAGAGGAAUACAAGAACUCAAUUAGCAGACAGAAACGACAAUAACGUAGUGCUUAGACAUGGCCAGCACCCAGACCAGUUUGAAAACCCCUUUCAAAGACUUGACCUCAUUCAAGGGCAACAUGAAACGGCUGUACAGAGAGCGGCUGGAAGACGCGCCCAUCAAGAAGCGAGUGAUGGCGGAGAUUAACCUGAAGCGUCGCAGCUUGGAUUCCUUCCCCAAAACUCCCAAGGUGAAGAAGGAGCAGAUCGAGGACCUGUGCCACGAGUCUGACAUGGACAUGGAGGGUCGGGCUGAACUACACAUUGUGGGCUCUGCUAAAGCCCUGGACCUGAGUCCUGGGCUUAAACACACACUGGCCCAGUUCACCCUCAGCAGCCAGAGCUCCCUUGGGGGCCCAGCUGCUUUCUCAGCCCGUACCGGCCAUGAGCAUUCCCCUGCCGGCAUGCCUCCUCUGCCGUCCCCUCCCGUCCUGGGAGGGGGCCCUCUGCUGGUUCCCUGCGACAGCUCCACUGAACUCACCCACUCAUUGCUGGAGGGAGAGUCUAUCUCCUGCUUCGUCGUGGGGGGAGAGAAGCGGCUUUGCCUGCCCCAGGUGCUCAACUCCGUGCUACGCGACUUCUCGCUGCAGCAGAUCAACACUGUGUGUGACGAGCUCUACGUCUACUGCUCACGUUGUGAUGCCGAGCAGCUGCACAUCCUUAAGGUGCUGGGCAUCCUGCCGUUCAACGCACCUUCUUGUGGCCUCAUUACGCUCACAGAUGCACAGCGUCUGUGCAAUGCUCUGUUGCGUCCUGGGGCGGCAUUGCCUGCCGACCCCAGUGGGAAGCUGUCGGCCCAGGGUCUGCUGAAGGAGAGCGAAGCCAGCUUCCAGGUGGAGCACCAGUGUCUGGGGAAGUGCCAGGGUCUCUUUGUGCCCCAGUUCUACACCCAGCCCGAGGCACCCUGCAUCCAGUGCGUUGAGUGCCAUUUGCUCUUUUCACCACAGAAGUUUGUCAUGCAUUCACACAAGUCACCUGAUAAGAGGACCUGCCACUGGGGCUUUGACUCAGCCAAGUGGCCCUGCUACCUGCAGCUUGCCAGGAAGUACCAAGGUAUGCCGGAGGAGCCCAAGCUCAAGCAGCUCCUGGAUGAGGUCAAAGAGAAGUUCCACUACCAGCUGAAGAGGUCGCUAGACAAAAAGGCGGUGGAGGAGGAGGAGAGCCAGGUGAGGAAAUCCUCCGCAGAUCUCUGCUCCCCAAGCGGCAAGUUGGACGAAACUGAACCAGCGAGAAAGGGUAAAACUUCACCUACGCUGGUAUUUAACCGACUUUUCUCGGACAUCAAGGAGGAGCCAGGCCACCCCACCCUGGUCCACCCCAGUUACUACCUGUACACAUACGAUAAGAUGGUGGCUCCCAACGUGUCUCUGCGGAGGGAGGCGGAGAUGAGCCCUGAGAUGUUCGGAGCGCUCCUCAAACACCACUACAACCGCAGAGUGCUGGGCCACGAUGAGCCACCCAUGGAUCUUCAUGCGUCGCCUCCCAUUGCGACUGGCGCCGAGGAGGCCAAAUCCCAACGUGCCACGGCUACCUCGGCCACUGAGCGGGAAUGCCAAACCCAGGCAGUUUCCAUGGAGACAAGCAGUCCAAGCUGCAAGAAAGCCACCCACACCCCCGCCCACACCCCUCCUCCUCCUCCUCAUGCAUCCUUGUUGUCACCGGUAACGGAAGUAGCGGCUAAGGACAUGGGCUGUGCCACCAGUGGCGCUGCAGUGGAGGUGGGGGUGCUGGAGGACGACAAGGACAGGAUUGUUGUGGAGAUCAUGCAGAUGUACAGCAGGCAGCAGGAGAAGCUCAACUCCACCCUGCACAAGCAGAUGCAGCUGGAAAUGGAGCUGGAGGCGUUGCGUGGGGGCGAGGCGGCGAGGCUACGGGAGCUGAGCGCCGAGCAACGAGAGCUUCGCUGCGAGCUGGAGGCGGUGCACAGCGAGCAGGCGCGGCAGCUCAGCCAGGCCCGCCAGGAACAGCUGGAGCUGGAGACCCGUCUGGAGCAGCUCCGACAGCAGGCCUGCGCCUGCGAGCCCGGGGCACAACGCCAGCAAGAGGCCCACUACGCUGCACAGUUAUCGGAGCUGCGUCAGAGGCUGGAGCGGGCGGAGGCGGACCGGCAGGAGCUGCAGGAGGAGCUGCGCAGAGAGCGGGAGGCGCGGGAGAAGCUGGAGCGCACGAUCACCCAGCUCAAGCAGCAGAUGGCUCAGUCUGGAACGAUGGGAAGCAGACCCUCUCAUCCUACCAUCCCUUCAACCGGACCCCCAAACCCCAACUCCCCGCCCUCCUCUUCCCCUUCCUCCAUCUCAGAGGCCCCAGCGGUUGGCCAAAAGUAACUGCCACCCCUCCAGGCGCCUCCCUCCCUCCCCUCAUUCCUCUCCUCAUCACCCGCCAACUCUACAGACACAAACAAAUCAGCCUGAAACAGAAAAGGAGCGUCACAUCUCGCCAGGCUGCUUUUAAGUUGUGCAUCUCACCCUGAUCCCUUUUAUUUCAGUGUAGGACUGACUUUUUUGUAAUUUAACAUGACUUAAAAGAAAAGUUUUAUGUUGUGUUUUUUUUAUUAUUCUUUCUUUUGCUCCCCUCUCCUCUCUUUAAACAGUAUUUAAAGAUUUUUUGGGCAUGUAUGUUUGAUUUAAUUUAUAGUUUUUACUGAACAAAAACGCUGCUUCACAGACAGGAGUUUGGUCAAGUAGAGACCAAUUCGACCCAUCACUAUUUUAUUUGUCACCCUCCUUUUCCACCACUUUAUGCUUUCUCUCUGGAUUGUGGAGCUAAUGACAUGGAGAUUACGAACUUCAGCACAGACUCACAGACUCUUCUCAGCUCCACAUGGACAUCACUUCACGCUACUACCUGGCACGGCAAUCGGUGCCCACGGACACAUAGUGGCGGCUGGUUGCUUGCCUCUCCUCUGUCCUUCUUGUACGUUCAUCCCCAAACGCUCAAGUACCAGCGACUGCAGGAAACUGCGUGGACAUUUCAAUACAGUUUCCUUUUUAUUUUGCUCCUUAUAAAAUACAGAGAAAGAAAAAUGUAACAUGUUAUAAAAACAUCAAAUCUAUAUGGAGGAGAAAGACCUUUACUGUACAAAAAAAAUGACAUUCUGAAGAUGUCAUAAAACCUCAUGAAAAUAUGCCAAUAGUGAUGCUGAACUUGAAAUGAGUGUUUUUUGAGUGUGACAACCCCCCCCCCCCCCCCCCCCUCCCCUCUCUCUCUCCCCUUCCCAAGGUAGCUAGCUAGUCAUCUGGCCUGGAUUCCAGCUGGUCUUAGCACAGACUAGUCUCCUCUUCACUCUGCUGGGCAGCACCUGGACUCUCCUGUUGUAGACCAAACAGUCUGUUGUUGACCCACCAGCUGCCCCGGUGACUCCACUGCCCUGUACCCUCCCCACAGGAGACCCCACACCUUCCACAGUCUUAGACUAGCGCCAUUGCCCUCUGCUGGGAAACUCCUUAACACUGUGGUUUUCACCCACUUUGGGCUAUACAGGAAACACUGUGCUCUUUUCAGGCUUGGCAUGGAAGAAGCUCAUGAGCAGUGUUAUGCACUUAACAUCCUCUACUCCCCCUGAAGUCUCUGGGAAAGGAAUGUGUCUAGACACGGGGGAUGGUUGAGCCGAUGUAGCUUUUCUAAGAAAAAGAAGAAAGGCAGUGUCUCACAUGUGUGGUAGCUGUCCUGUCUUACCAUAAUACGUACCACAACCUUACAUGCCCGCACACACUCGAGUGUGUCAGUGCAGUAGAGGCAUUCAGGCAGAACAAUGGCCCCAGCGUUCCCAGCAGAUGAUCAAAGCCCCCAGUAUGUCCCUGUUUUCUGGGCUUUCUUUUGUAUCAUUUGACUUCAUUGUUAGCAGACGGUUUUAUCCCCACGCCAUUUGUCAGAGCGUCAUCUAAGAAUGUGGGUCGCAGGUGAAAGCAGUUAGUCUAGGGGUGGUUUGGGCCUCGGGUCCGGCCCCUGCUUCCCGUUAUUCUGCCUGGCUGAACAAACAACACCAUGCAGGCAGGCAGGCAGGCAGGCAGGGAGAGGAAGAGGGGAGGCGAGGAUUGAGGGGAGCGUUCAGGGGACUGGUGCACUCUCCCCAGAGCAGGCUGGGUGGCCCGGACGCCAGGGGUACAGAGGGAGCCCUUUUUAUUUUGUGCCGUCAGAAUGGGGGCAGCUGUUGUUGUCUGGGGGCCUCUGCCCACCCUCGGGUGAGACUGUACAGGAUCCCCAAUCUCUCAACAACCUCCCUCCUCGUCUCUCACAUGACCGCCGUCACUCUCCCUCUCUCUCACACACAUCCCCAUCCAUCCAUCUCCAGUGCCAGAUCAGCUGGGGGUGCGCAGUGUUUUGUAGAUGCCCAGGAGAGCGAGCAGACGUCCAGGCAGAGGAAGAGAGGACUUUUUAUUGUAUCAGUUGCCAGGCAAAAGCGCUUUAUAUUGCCACUAAGGAGAUCCCUGUUAGCGAGUGUGUGUGUGUGUAAAUAAUUGUUUAAAAGAGAAGGGGGAUCGGCCUCUGCUAAACUCUGAGCUUUUUUUAUGCAUCUGCUCUAAAUGCAAAUUGAUAGACAUUCCACUGUGCUCCAUCCUGUUCAAUGCAGAUUUUCUUACACAGCUUCCCUUUACAAUAACAGACCUUAAAGACUAGGCAGGGUACAGUUGUGGUUUGUUUAUAGUCAUAAGUGCAGGUGCAAGCCAGUAAAAAUCAAACCCGUGCCGCAAAAUGUACACUCUACUGUUCCAUUUAAACCUUUAUUGAAAUUAUGAAAGAAAAUAUUUAACAUAUUAACUAAAGAUUUAUAUUCACUUUGUAAAUACAGUAGUCAUUAAUAUAUUAACUGUUCUUAUAUGGAUAAUCUUAAAAAGGUUAUAUAAAUUGGACCAGAAAUAAGGCUUCAGAUGGCCUAAAUAUUUUUUUGCUUUCUUUCUUUUCUUUUUUUUUAAAGUGAUCUUUGCAGAUAUCAGAGCUUGACUUUUGUCGAGUGGAUGUGGGGGAGUGAAAAGCAUGGUUUACUGAGACAUGAUGCAGGACAAAGGCAAAAUAGGAAAAAUAAUACUUUGUUACACACUUUCCCCCCUUUCUGAACUGAUUGUUUUUUGUGGAUUUCAUCUUGACGGACUGUUUAACGUGUAAUGUAAUGAGAUUUUUCCUCUUUGUUAACCCCCUCCUCCCUCCCCUGAGCAAAAUUUAAAAAGUAAACAUUUGUUUAAAGAAAUUGCAUUUUGGAGAAAAAAAAAACAACAAAAAAUGAUUUUUUUGCAUGUUUUUUCUGCCCCAUACAUUUGUGUCACUGGGCCACUCUAUCAAUCUGUUUGUUUUUUAUUUUUUAAAGAAAAAAAAAGAGACGCCCCCCUCCCCCAUGUAACACACAAACUAUUGAGAUGGCUCAUAUGCAUGAACAUUGAACAUGUGCAAGUUUUAUAUCAUUAUUGGUUCGGAGGUUGGCUAAAUAUAAAGUCAAAGUCAAAUUAUGAAGAUUAUUUAAUGUUGACUAAUUUGAUUUGGAAAUGGUGUGUGUGCGUGCGAGUGUGUUGGCCUCCCAUGUCUGACUGAAGCACAGCAACUAUGAAAAGGGAAAGAGAAAAAACUUGCUCAUAUAGCUGUGGAUGCUUUCUGAUUUGAGAUCCUCUAUCUUUGUCAAAAAGUCUGGAUAUUUUGACACCACUCAAAUGAUAAUCAGUAUUACUUUAUUUUAUUUUAUUUUUUAAAUUGACUUAAUUACCUCUUAAGCAGAACAAAACCUUUUUCUUUAAAAAAAAAAAAAAUCCAUUCAAUUCUACAUGUUAGAUGAUUUCCAAUAGGAUCCUGCUCUGUCAUUUUAUUUUCUGUGUAAUUUGCAUUUUAUACACAAGGGGCCGCUGUUUAGCUUCUUCAGGCGUACACCAUAAUUUUUUAAAAAAGGACUAAAUGAUGAGGGGAAAUAUCCCUUUCUAAAAAGGUGUGCUGGGCCUUUUUGCAUUUUGCAGUGUUAUGAGAUCUAAGAUAUGCUUUGUACAGAAUUUUUACAGGUGAGGAGUUUGCCCAAAUUACUAAAGUGAGGUGAAAAGGAGCCGGGCUUUACCAUGCCAACACAUUUUAAUACAGGAUCUCCACGACCAUUGCUUCCUUGCUACGCGAAGAAAACUAGUAGACAAAUCCAAGGUGACCAUUGAACUGUUGCAGGUGGUCCGUUUGUAAUUGGGCGUCUAAUUUUCAGCCAGUAAUUAUUCUAUGCCAGUGUGGGAAGUAAGGCUGUUGGCCGAUUGAUCACACAGAUCACUGGUUACUAAGAAUAGGUACACCAUGUUUUCAUUUACACACAUCCUGUUAGGAAGAUUU